UUUUAAAGGCGCUCGCUAGCCGGUCCCAGGUUUUCGGGAUUGCUGCUCCGGUCUCGGGCGCUCGGCGAUCCUCGUCACCUCGCCGCCGGCAUGUCUCAGGCUGAGUUUGACAAGGCUGCUGAUGAAGUUAAACGCCUCAAGACCCAGCCUGCUGACACUGAGAUGCUGUUUAUCUACAGCCACUUCAAACAAGCCACUGUGGGUGAUGUAAAUACAGAUCGGCCCGGGUUGUUGGACCUCAAGGGCAAAGCCAAGUGGGAUGCCUGGAAUCAGCUGAAAGGGAUGUCCAAGGAAGAUGCCAUGAAAGCUUACAUCGAUAAAGUAGAAGAACUAAAGAAGAAAUACGGAAUGUAAGAGAUCGGACUUGGUUGCCAGCCACACAUUUAACCUAAAGUGAUAUCAUGCCUUUUUUUUUUUCUAAUACUGUAGAUUAUGUGGCUCUAACACAUUAAGGGAAGAAUUGGUUACUGGUCCUUCCUAAACAGUUUUUAUCUGAAAUGAAUUAAAAGUGCAUUUGUUACUUUAA